UCCUCUUUUCCAGACUGGAUCUGUCCUCAGCUGAUCAGAACCAAGGCGUUGGAUCUUUAAUCUCCUGCGUUGUUCUGAAGCAGCAUCUUAAUCAGCUCUCCUGCUUUGUUUCUAUUGCAGCUGUUAGCUAAACACGGCUAAAGAAAGCCUGCUACCACUUCAGGAUCAUCCAUCAGCUGGGACUGCUUCAUCGAGGAUCUGGACAGCAUGGACACAGAUGUUCAACAGCUGGUGCUGGUUAAAGAAGAAGCUCCUGAGGAACAGAGUGCAGGUGUGGACCAGAAAGACCCAGAACACAUCCACAUGAAGGAGGAACAAGAAGAAAACUGGACCAGUCUGGAGGGAGAGCAGCUCCAUUUGGAGGAGAAAACUGAUGCUGCCAGGUUUCCAUUCACAUUUGCUUCUAUAAAGAGUGAGGAUGAUGAAGAGAAACCUCUGUUCUCACAGCUUCAUCAGCAGCAAGUAGAAGACAAAGAAGUUCCAACCAACAGCUCAGCUCACCAGAUGACAGCAGAAACUGGUGGAAGAGCAGAAACUAGCAGGAACCAAGAUUUGAACCCUCAUGAACAGACAUCUGAUUCUUCAGAAACUGAAAUGAGUGGAGAUGAUGAAGAUGGUGAUGAUGUGAAUCUAGAAUCUGAGCUGUCAGACUCUGGGUCUGAAACUGGAGAAGAAGACAGUGACUGGAAUGAAAGCAGGUCUUCUGAUUCACAUGUUAGGACUGUCAACAAGUCCUUUAGCUGCCCUGAGUGUGGUGAACAAUUUGUCCACAAGAGGUCUCUCCAGAAACAUGUGAGAGUGUCAGGGCAUUCAGCAAUAAGGUCUUCAAGUUGUUUGGUCAAAAAGAAAUGUGUUGGAGUGAAGCAACAUGUAGACUCAUGCAAGAAAGUCCAGAAAAAGCUAAAAUCAUUUAGUUGUGAUGACUGUGGAAAAAUAUUUAGUGCAAUGUGUGAUUUAAACGUGCACAUGAGAGUCCACACAGGAGAAAAACCUUUUUCCUGUAAGCUCUGUGAAAAAAGACUUAGCAGUAAGAAAGCUUUAAACAGUCACAUGAGAGUCCACACAGGAGAACAACCUUUUGCCUGUAAGCUCUGUGGUCGAAGAUUUAGCCAAAAGGCAUCUUUAAACAAGCACAUGAAUGUCCACACUGGAAAUAAACCUUUUGCUUGUGAGCUCUGUGGUCGAAGAUUUGGCGCAAGAAAUAAUUUUAACAGGCACAUGAGAGUCCACACAGGAGAACAACCUUUUGUCUGUGAGCUCUGUGGUCGAAGAUUUGGAGAGAAAGCAAAAUUAGGCAUUCACAUGAGAAUCCACACAGGAGAAAAACCUUUUGUCUGUGUGCUCUGUGGUAAAAGAUUAGCCUAUAAACUAGCAUUAGACAAUCACAUGAGAAUCCACACAGGAGUAAAACCUUUUGUCUGUGUGCUCUGUGGUAAAAGAUUCGCCCAAAAACAAGCCUUGGAGAGUCACGUCAGAGUCCACACAGGAUUAAAACCUUUUGUCUGUGGGCUUUGUGGUAAAAGAUUUAGCCAAAAGUCAACUUUAAACAAUCACAUGAGAGUCCACACAGGAGAAAAACCUUCUUGCCUGUGAGACAUGUGGUCAAAGAUUUAGCGACAAGACCGAGUUAAACAGUCACAUUAGAGUUCACACAAGACAUAAUGAAUUAUUUUGAAUGUGAUUGAUAGAAAAAAUUCCAUCUUUGAGAGCAGGGGAGUGGAGGAGGAGUGUAUAAAUACACGCAUGUGUGUGUGUGUGUGUGUGUGUGUGUGUGUGUGUGUGU